ACUGUGGUCUAUCUCAGUGAAUCUUUGGUGUAGUUCGAAGGCGGCUUAUGAAAUUCGUAUUUCUUUCGGUAAUGUGACAUAUAUAAUUCGCGGAUCGGAAAUUCACGCAAUUCUUACGAUAUUUAAUCAUUACUGUGAUUUACGGUGCUAUUACGAACUAAGAUGCCGCGAGGAAAAUUCGUAAAUCACAAAGGCAGGAACAGGCACUUCACAAAUCCAGAAGAAUUAGAGGAGCAGCGGCGCCAAGAAGAAAAAAAGCAACAGUGGAGAAAAAAUAAAGGGCAGGAAAGUUCGAGCGAAGAAGAAGAUGAUGAGGAGACCAAAACGAGUGGAGCCAAUAGGUCAAAAAGUAGCACCACAGAUAGCAACAGUGAGUCAGAAUCAGAAUCGGAAACAGAGGGAGGAAAAGCAAAAGGUGUAGAGAAUUUAAUUCAAGUAGAAAAUCCAAACAGGGUACAAAAGAAAACAAAAAAAUUAUCUCAACUGAAUCAAUCGUUAGAUGCAAAACCAGAACUAUCUCGAAGAGAGCGAGAACAAUUGGAAAAACAAAGAGCCUAUGUGAAUUAUCAAAAAUUACACGCAGCCGGUAAAACGGAUGAAGCUCGAGCGGACCUAGCACGAUUGGCUAUAAUUAAACAACAACGAGAAGAGGCGGCAAAACGACGAGAGGAAGAAAAAAAGCAAAAAGAAAUGGCGCAACAAAAGAAGACAGAGCUAACACAGAAGGCGCUCGGAAAAAAAUCUUAGAACAUUACGAUGACUAAUUGCCACAAACUUCUAUAACUAGACUGCUGACUUCGAUUAUUUUGUAUAUGAGGUCUGUUUUCUGUGGCUGAACUAGUGUACACUUUUGGAACUUGAAGUGAGAUAUGUUUGAUAUUUGUCGAAAGUGAGAAAGAAAGUUCUAGUGCAGUUUAGUGCAGGAACAGAAAACAGACCAAUGAUAGAAAAAAAAACAAAAGUAAUACUGAGAAGUCUCUGUCGGUCACUUAUGCCUAUGUAUAUAUAAGGUUGGAGCACAGACUUUUGGGUAACGCAUAAUACAUAAAACAUAAGAGAAUAAACUAAUCAGUUUAUUCUUCAUUUCAUGAAAGGAAAGAUUAAAUAGUUAAUUCUCUUAAAUAUUAUGCAUUGAGGCUCUUGAGUACUCAGCCAAGAAUUCUGUGUUGACGAUGGUGAUACAGAAUUAGAUGGCGGCCUGGCGAAACCGGUAGCUACAUACUCACAAGCACGAGCCAUGUACGUCAUGUGCUCUCGGUGCUUGUGUGUGCGUGCAUGCGUGUGUUACAGCGUCUCGCCACGAUAAAGGGCUGAACUUAGAGGCAUGAAAAAAGUGACGUUUUGAUGACGAAAUUUAUGCUGCAUGUCAUUUUGUUAUUAUUUGCUUAAUUGUGAAAAUGUGACUUGUUUCGUACUUAUGAAAGUCCUAAAAAUGGACAGAAACUACACUUAUCUUGGAAUUUUAUAUACGUAAAAGUGUAUAUUUCACUCGUUUUAACAACUGUUAAACCGUGUUUUCUGCCCGAAUAUAAGCUCAUUUUACCUGCCUUUUAUUGACUAUUAAGAGAGAAAAAGAAUAGUUUUUGCCCAUUUUUACAAGUGUUUUAAAACGAUCUCGUCAUUUAGAUUUGUCUAAAUUGUCUUUACUUACAAAUGGCAUGCAGUAUAAAUUAACGUGUUAUUUCUCGCCUGACGUCGCAACAUGGCCGCCGCGACUAGUCAGGAUCUUAAGAUGCAUUUUUCAGGAGCCGCUCAAACCAGCCGUUUCAAAAAAGAUUACGCGAUGACUUUUGUGUCAGAACUAUUAAAGCGACAACUUUAUAUUAGGAGUGUGAUUUAGUUUUGAGGAUUUUUCUCAAAAACUGAUUUAUUUAAACAAUAUAUCACAAUACAUACGUAAACGUUUAAUAACUAUUGUACGAUCAAUAUUUAAUUCUCUGACAAGUUCUGAAGUGGAUAGUAUUGGAUUUUCGUCCAAUAAUGCUUGCAAAUCUGCAUUUUCCAGCUUUCGUCGUUAAUAUUAAAAUCGCCACUUUUGAAUUGACAGAAUCAGUAUUUACAUGGGUGCAGUCUUAGGGUGCAGUCCACUUGGCGCUACAAACGCUUCGGAAGCAUUUGACUGAUCAAUCAGAAGAAAAAAAUUUCAUUAAUUGAUCAAUUAAAAAAUGUUUGGAAACAUUUGUAGCAUCAAGUGGACCGUAGCUUUAAUUGAUGAAACAACAUAAGUUUUUAUAUCAGAAAGAGAGAGGGACGAUGGCCAAUCUGUAUCUCUUUCAAUGGUGUAAUGGGAAAGAAAAUGAGAGAAA